AUGGCUACUGUCACUGCCACUGCCAUUGCCAACAAGACCUCUGGAGGCAACAACGCCUUCCACAACUUCAACAAUGACUUCGCCCACAUCCAAGAUCCCAAUGAGCGACGAAGACUUGCUCUGGCCGAGGUCGACAAGGCUCCUUUUGGAUGGUACCAUGUUCGUGCUUGCGUAGUCGCUGGUAUAGGUUUCUUCACUGAUUCCUACGAUAUAUUUGCCAUUAACUUGGUUACCGCUAUGUUGGGUGUCGUGUUCUUCAACAACAAGAAGUCCAAGGGGACCAUUCCUACAAACUCAGAUACCGCCAUCAAGGUCGCUACAUCUGGUGGAACUGUUCUCGGUCAAUUGGGAUUCGGAUAUCUUGCCGAUGUUGUGGGUCGCAAGCGCAUGUACGGACUCGAGUUGAUCAUUAUUAUCUUUGCGACUCUCGCUCAAGCUCUCUCAUCCCCAUCGCCAGCUAUCUCGAUUACGGGUCUCAUUAUUUUCUGGCGUGUGAUUAUGGGUAUCGGAAUUGGAGGUGACUACCCAUUGUCCUCCGUCAUUACCUCUGAGUUUGCUACCACCAAAUGGAGAGGAGCCAUGAUGAAUGCAGUGUUCGCCAUGCAGGGUAUUGGUCAAUUCACCGCCGCAAUCAUUGCCUUGAUUGUCACUUCUGGCUUCAAGGAGUCCCUUGAGACAGGUAAGAAGAUCGGAAAGGUUGGAGCAGCCACCAACUGCACUGGUGUCUGCCAACUGGCUGUCGACAAGAUGUGGCGUGUUAUUGUCGGGUUCGGUGCUGUUCCCGGCUGUAUCGCUCUCUACUACCGUCUCACCAUCCCAGAAACCCCUCGUUACACUUUCGAUGUCGCACGCGACGUUGAGAAAGCAGGAGAAGAUGUCCAGGCAUACAUAAAGGGCAAAUCUGAAGGCCAUCCAGAUGAGAUCCGCCGUGUUACCACCAUUGCUCAAUCAUCCCAGGCUCUCGAGAUCCCUAAGGCAUCAUUCAAGGAUUUCAUUCACCACUACGGUCAAUGGAAGAACGGAAAGAUUCUCCUCGGUACAGCUGGUUCAUGGUUCUUCCUCGAUGUUGCCUACUAUGGCCUCGGCCUUAACAACUCCAUUAUCCUCACUGCUAUCGGAUGGUCUGGUGGUAGCAACAUGUACGAGGUAUUCUACAAGAACGCUGUUGGUAACUUGAUCCUCGUCUGCGCUGGUGCUAUUCCAGGUUAUUGGGUUUCAGUCGCUACCAUCGAUACUCUCGGCCGCAAACCAAUCCAAAUAAUGGGUUUCGUUCUCCUGACCAUUCUUUUCAUCGUGAUCGGAUUUGCCUACAACCAUCUUUCCGGACAUGCCCUUCUCGCCCUUUACGUCCUCGCACAAUUCUUCUUCAACUUCGGACCCAACUCCACAACAUUUGUUGUCCCUGGCGAGUGCUUCCCAACUCGAUACCGUUCGACUUCUCAUGGUUUCUCCGCUGCCUCUGGAAAAGUCGGUGCCAUCAUCGCUCAGUGUGUGUUUGGUCCUCUCCGAACCCGUGGCGCCGCACCUGGUGCUACCGGCAAAGCUGCCUCUCCUUGGUUGGACCACGUCAUGCAGAUCUUCGCUCUCUUCAUGUUGUGUGGUGUGUUUACCUCGUUCUUAAUACCGGAGACCAAGCGCAAGACUCUUGAGGAAUUGGCUGGUGAAGUUCCAGGAACACCCAACUACGACCCAGUCAAUGGUGGUCCGCGUAAGAACUCCCGCGGCGGGUCAGAAGAAGUCCCUGAAAUUAACGCUGGUCCCGAGAAGAUCGUUUGA